AGUUUGAUCGCCGACUCUGAAAGAAGUAGGGAGUAGUGAGGGAGCUGAAAAAAAAUCACUAUCUGACAUUUACCAGCGUUUUAGAACACCAUUUCUGCUGGGGAAAGGGAUUUAAUAUCGAUAUUUCACAUUUAAAAGCGUAGAAAUCGUCGUGGAAAUAGUAAAUAAAGCCGAGGAGAGGAAAUCCCGAGUGCCACAUCUGACUGGGAGGACAUCUCCCACUGAGACGAGUUUCUAUCAGGUGUAACAGCGGUGGAAUCAGAGAACGGCAGUCAUGGUGGCACUGUCACUGAAGAUCGGCGUGGGGAACGUGGUGAAGACCAUGCAGUUUGAGCCCUCCACCAUGGUGUACGACGCAUGCCGCAUCAUCAGGGAGAGAGUACCGGAGGCACAGCUGGGCCAGCCCAACGACUAUGGCCUGUUCUUGUCGGACGAGGACCCAAAGAAAGGCAUCUGGCUGGAGGCAGGCAAAGCCCUGGACUACUACAUGUUGAGGAAUGGAGACACUCUGGAAUACAAGAAGAAGCAGAGGCCACUGAAGAUCCGCAUGCUGGACGGGACAGUGAAAACCGUCAUGGUGGACGACUCCAAGAUUGUCAGCGACAUGCUUAUGACCAUCUGUGCCAGGAUAGGUAUCACAAAUUACGACGAGUACUCAUUGGUUCGUGACCUUGGUGAGGAGAAGAAGGAGGAGACCACAGGCACUCUGAAGAGGGACAAAACCCUCCUCCGAGAUGACAAGAAGAUGGAGAAACUAAAGCAGAAACUUCACACAGAUGAUGAAUUGAACUGGCUGGACCACGGGCGUACCCUGAGGGAGCAGGGCGUGGAGGAGACUGAAAUGCUGCUUCUCAGGAGAAAGUUCUUCUACUCGGAUCAGAAUGUGGACUCCAGAGACCCCGUUCAGCUCAACCUGCUCUACGUCCAGGCACGUGAUGACAUUCUGAAUGGCUCCCAUCCUGUCUCUUUUGAAAAGGCCUGCGACUUUGCUGGUUACCAGUGUCAAAUCCAGUUUGGUGACCACAACGAGACAAAGCACAAACCAGGAUUUUUAGAUCUGAAGGAGUUCCUCCCUAAAGAGUACAUAAAAAACAAGGGCGAGAAAAGAAUCUUCCAGGCACACAAGAACUACCAAAACAUGACAGAAAUAGAGGCUAAAGUCAGCUAUGUCAAACUGGCCCGGUCUCUCAAGACCUAUGGAGUGUCUUUCUUCUUAGUCAAGGAGAAGAUGAAGGGCAAGAACAAACUGGUACCUCGUCUGCUGGGCAUCACCAAGGAAUGUGUGAUGAGGGUGGACGAGAAGACCAAGGAAGUGAUCCAGGAGUGGAACCUGACCAACAUCAAGCGCUGGGCUGCCUCACCCAAGAGCUUCACCCUGGAUUUUGGGGACUAUCAAGAUGGCUACUACUCUGUCCAAACCACUGAAGGAGAACAAAUUGCCCAGCUGAUUGCCGGUUAUAUUGACAUUAUCCUUAAAAAGAAAAAGAGCAAAGACCACUUUGGCUUAGAGGGAGAUGAGGAGUCCACUAUGUUGGAGGACUCUGUGUCGCCCAAAAAGUCCACAGUGCUACAGCAACAGUUCAACAAGGUGGUGAAGGUAGAAACGGGCUCUGUGGCCCUGCCUGCCAUCAUGCGCUCGGGAGCCGGGGGCCCAGAGAGCUUCCAGAUGGGCUCCAUGCCUCAGGCCAAGCAGCACAUCACCAGUGGACAGAUGCACCGGGGACACAUGCCCCCUCUGACGUCUGCCCAGCAGGCCUUAACUGGCACCAUCAAUUCCAGCAUGCAGGCAGUGCAGGCUGCCCAGGCCUCGCUGGAUGAGUUAGAUGCCUUGCCUCCGUUGGGCACGGACGCGGCCUCCCAAGCCUGGCGCAAGAACAAGAUGGACGAGUCCAAACACGAGAUCCACUCCCAGGUGGACGCCAUUACUGCAGGAACAGCCUCCAUGGUCAAUCUCACUGCAGGUGAUCCGGCGGAGACUGACUACACGGCAGUGGGCUGCGCUGUCACCACCAUCUCCUCCAACCUGACAGAGAUGUCUAAGGGUGUCAAGCUGCUGGCGGCCCUCAUGGAAGACGAGGGCGGCAAUGGACAGCAGCUCCUGGGCGCCGCCAAGAACCUGGCAUUCGCCGUGUCCGACAUGCUCAAGACGGCGCAGCCGGCCAAUACUGAGCCCCGCCAGAACCUGCUGCAGGCUGCAGGCAAUGUAGGCCAGGCCAGCGGCGAGCUGCUUUCUCACAUCGGUGAAACGGAUGCAAACCCUCACUUCCAGUUUUUAGGUAAAGGAUCUUUCAGGGCUGCCAUGUGGAACGUCCCUCCUUAUUGUCAAAUGAUGGACAUGCUGAUGCAGCUGGCGAAGGCUGUGGCUAAUGCCGCUGCUGCACUAGUGCUCAAGGCCAAGAACGUGGCCCAGAAAACGGAGGACUCGGCCCUCCAGAAUCGCGUCAUUGCCGCUGCAACCCAGUGUGCCCUCUCCACCUCCCAGCUGGUGGCCUGCACCCGCGUGGUAGCACCCACCAUUAGCUCGCCGGUGUGCCAGGAGCAGUUGAUUGAGGCGGGGAAGCUGGUAGCCAAGUCGGUAGAGGGCUGCGUGGAGGCUUCGCAAGGCGCCACCAGCGAUGAGCAGCUCUUGAAGCAGGUGGGCGCCGCCGCAACUGGUGUGACGCACGCCCUCAACGACCUACUGCAGCACAUUAAGAAGUAUGCCUCUGGCAGCCAGCCAAUCGGACCCCACGGCGAGGCCACCGACCGCAUCCUAGACGUGACGGAGAACAUCUUCAGCUCCAUGGGAGAUGCUGGUGAGAUGGUGAGGCAGGCCCGUAUCCUGGCCCAGGCCACCUCUGACCUGGUCAACGCCAUCAAGAUGGAUGCCGAGGGCGAGUCGGACCUGGAGAACUCUCGCAAGCUGCUGUCCGCUGCCAAGCUGUUGGCCGAUGCCACUGCAAAGAUGGUGGAGGCUGCCAAGGGCGCUGCAGCGAACCCAGACAGCGAGGAGCAGCAGCAGAAGCUACGCAAGGCUGCUGAGGGGCUACGCAUGGCCACUAAUGCCGCCGCACAGAACGCCAUCAAAAAGAGACUCGUGAACAAACUGGAGAAUGCAGCCAAGCAGGCAGCAGCAGCUGCCACUCAAACCAUCGCCGCUGCCCAGCACGCUGCCUCCUCCAAUAAGAACCCAGCUGCCCAGCAACAGCUUGUACAGAGCUGCAAGGUGGUGGCAGACCAGAUUCCACAGUUGGUCCAGGGUGUACGUGGUAGCCAAUCCCAGCCAGACAGCCCCAGUGCCCAGCUCUCCCUCAUCGGGGCCAGCCAGAACUUCCUCCAGCCCGGUGCCAAGAUGGUGACCGCUGCCAAAGCGACAGUACCCACCAUCAGUGACCAGGCCUCUGCUAUGCAGCUCAGCCAGUGUGCCAAGAACCUGGCCAGUGCGCUCGCAGAGCUCCGCACUGCCUCCCAGAAGGCACAGGAAGCGUGUGGCCCUCUGGAGAUAGACAAUGCUCUGACAGUGGUGAGGGGACUGGAGAAAGACAUGCAGGAGGCCAAGGUCUCUGCUGCCGACGGCAAACUCAAACCCCUGCCAGGAGAGACGCUGGAGAAGUGUUCUCAGGACCUGGGCACUUGUACCAAGGCUGUGAGCUCUGCCAUGGCCCAGCUACUGAGCGAAACCACCCAGGGCAACGAGAACUACACAGGUAUGGCCGCCAGAGACGUGGCCCAGGCCUUGCGUUCCCUCGCCUCCGCGGCAAGGGGCGUGGCAGCCACCACCGUUGAUCCCCAGGCCCGUGAAGCCAUGCUGGACUGUGCCGGCGACGUCAUGGACAAGUCAGCCAACCUGAUCGAGGAGACCAAGAGGGCCAUCGCCAAGCCGGGUGACCCCGACAGCCAGCAGAGACUGGCCCAGGUGGCCAAGGCUGUGUCCCAGGCGCUGAACAGAUGUGUGAACUGCCUGCCCGGACAGAGAGAGGUGGACAACGCCAUCCGCACAGUGGGAGAGGCCAGCAAGAGGCUACUGGCCGACUCUUUCCCAGCCAGCGGGAAGAGUUUCCAGGAGGCUCAGGCUAACCUCAACCAGGCGGCGGCUGGCCUCAACCAGUCUGCCAAUGAGCUGGUGCAGUCCUCACGUGGCACCACUCAGGACCUGGCGAAGGCCACCGGCAAGUUCGGUCAGGACUUUAAUGAGUUCCUGGGAGCUGGUGUGGACAUGGCGGGCCACUCGCAGUCCAAGGAGGACCAGACCCAGGUGGUGUCCAACCUGAAGACUAUUUCCAUGUCUUCCAGUAAGCUCCUGUUGGCUUCCAAGGUCCUCUCCACAGACCCCAACUCCCCAAACCUCAAGAACCAACUAGCAGCCGCUGCACGUGCCGUCACGGACAGCAUCAACCAGCUGAUCACCAUGUGUACGCAGCAGGCACCAGGCCAGAAGGAGUGCGACAAUGCUCUCCGGGAGCUAGAGACUGUUCGAGGGAUGCUAGAGAACCCAACCGAAGCCGUCAAUGACCUCUCUUACUUUGACUGCAUCGACAGUGUCAUGGAAAACUCCAAGGUCCUUGGAGAAGCCAUGGCUGGAAUAUCCCAAAAUGCCAAGAACAGUAACCUGCCUGAGUUUGGGGACUCUGUGAGCGCUGGCUCCAAAGCCUUGUGCGGCCUCACUGAAGCAGCCGCUCAGGGUGCCUACCUGGUGGGUGUGUCAGACGCCAACAGCCAUGCCGGUCAGAAGGGGCUGGUGGACCCUGCCCAGUUUGCCCGUGCCAACCAGUCCAUCCAGAUGGCAUGCCAGAACCUAGUGGACCCAGCUUGUACACAGUCCCAGGUCCUCUCUGCCGCCACCAUUGUUGCCAAACACACCUCUGCUCUCUGCAAUGCCUGCCGCCUCGCCUCUUCCAAGACCGCAAACCCAGUUGCCAAGCGACAGUUUGUACAGUCUGCCAAAGAAGUGGCUAACAGCACUGCCAAUCUGGUCAAGUCAAUCAAAGCCCUGGAUGGAGCAUUCAACCAUGAGAACCGACAGAAGUGUAAAGCGGCUACAGGCCCCCUGAUCGAGGCUGUAGACAACCUGACAGCCUUCGCCUCCAACCCAGAAUUUGCCAGCGUGCCUGCUCAAAUAAGCCCUGAGGGUCACGCAGCCAUGGAGCCCAUUGUGGUGGCAGCCAAGACCAUGCUGGAGAGCUCCACGGGCCUGAUCCAGACCGCACGUUCCCUGGCCGUCAACCCCAAGGACCCACCCAAGUGGUCUGUCCUGGCGGGGCACUCCAGGACCGUGUCCGACUCCAUCAAGAAACUGAUCACCAACAUGAGAGAUAAAGCCCCAGGCCAAAGGGAGUGUGACGAAGCCAUCGAGGUUCUUAACAACUGUAUCCGAGAAGUCGACCAGGCCUCCCUGGCAGCCAUCAGCCAACAGCUCACUCCCAGAGAGGACAUCUCCCACGAGGCUCUCCAUGAUCAGAUGGCUGCCUCAGUGCAAGAGAUCAGCAAUCUGAUUGAGCCAGUGGCCAUCGCUGCCCGCUCUGAGGCCUCCCACCUGGGACACAAGGUGUCUCAGAUGGUGAGCUACUUUGAGCCCCUCAUAAUGGCAUCCAUCGGCACAGCCUCCAAGAUCCUCAAUAGCCAGCAGCAGAUGGCAGUGUUAGACCAGACCAAAACGCUGGCCGAGUCUGCUCUACAGAUGCUCUACACAGCCAAGGAGGCUGGAGGAAACCCCAAGGCGGCCCACACUCAGGAGGCUCUGGAAGAGUCGGUCCAGAUGAUGAAGGAGGCCGUGGACGACCUGGCCGCUACCCUGAACGAGGCCGCCAGCGCGGCCGGCGCCGUCGGUGGCAUGGUGGACUCCAUCACCCAUUCCAUCAAUAAAAUGGAGGAGAACCCUGGUGAGCCCGAGGGCACCUUUGUGGACUACCAGACCACCAUGGUCAAGACUGCCAAGGCCAUUGCUGUCACUGUCCAGGAGAUGGUGACCAAGUCCAACAACAACCCAGAUGAGCUUGGAGGCUUGGCCAACCAGCUAACUAAUGAAUUUGGAGAUCUGGCCACAGAGGCUAAAUAUGCUGCCAUCACUGCUGAAAACGAUGAGAUUGGCUCCCACAUCAAGAAGCAAGUUGGGGAUCUGGGCUUCACCUGUACAGGCCUGGUCACCAAGGCUGGAGCUCUGCAGUGCAGCCCCAAUGAUGCCUUCACAAAGAAGGAGCUGAUCGAUAGCGCUCGGAAGGUCUCCGAAAAGGUGUCCCACGUGUUGGCAGCUCUGCAGGCUGGUAACCGUGGCACCCAGGCUUGUAUCACUGCAGCCAGUGCUGUGUCGGGCAUCAUCGCUGACCUGGAUACCACUAUCAUGUUCGCCACAGCUGGCACACUUAACCGCGAGAAUUCCGAAACCUUCGCCGACCAUAGGGAGCAUAUCCUGAAGACUGCUAAGGCCCUGGUGGAGGACACCAAGCUGCUGGUCUCUGGUGCCGGGGCCAGCCAGGAGAGACUGGCCCAGGCCGCACAGUCCUCAGUCACGACCAUCACCAAACUGGCCGAUGUGGUCAAGCUGGGUGCUGCCAGCCUGGGUGCAGAAGAUCCUGAAACACAGGCCCUUUUCUCUGACCAUGGGGCUUCACUUUCUGAUGAUGUGGUUCUGAUCAACGCGGUCAAAGAUGUGGCUAAAGCUCUGGGUGACCUCAUCAGUGCCACCAAGGCGGCGUCGGGCAAGCCCCAUGAUGACCCUGCCAUGCUGCAGCUGAAGAACUCUGCCAAGGUGAUGGUGACGAACGUGACGUCGCUGCUGAAGACCGUAAAAGCAGUGGAGGAUGAAGCCACUAAGGGCACCAGGGGGCUGGAGGCCACUAUCGAGCACAUCAAACAGGAGCUGGCUGUGUUCAGCAGCUCAGACCCACCUCCUAAAACAGCCACACCAGAGGAGUUCAUCCGCAUGACCAAAGGCAUCACCCUAGCAACUGCCAAAGCAGUGGCUGCUGGGAACUCCUGUCGCCAGGAGGAUGUCAUUGCCACAGCGAACCUGAGUAGGAGAGCCAUCGCUGAUAUGCUGCACUCGUGCAAGCAAGCGGCCUAUCACCCUGAGGUCAACAUGGAGGUGCAGAUGAGAGCCCUGCGCUAUGGCAACGAGUGUGCUGUUGGGUACCUGGGUCUGCUCGAACAUGUGCUAGUGAUAAUCCACAAGCCCACCCAUGAGCUCAAGCAGCAGCUGGCCACCUACUCGAAGCGCGUGGCUGGGUCUGUCACAGAGCUCAUUCAGGCUGCGGAGGCCAUGAAAGGAACAGAAUGGGUGGACCCCGAAGAUCCAACCGUAAUCGCAGAGAACGAGCUCUUAGGAGCAGCAGCCGCCAUCGAAGCUGCCGCCAAGAAGCUGGAGCAGCUGCGGCCCCGGACCAAGCCCAAGGAAGCUGAUGAGAGCCUGAACUUCGAGGAGCAGAUCCUUGAGGCGGCCAAAUCGAUUGCGGCCGCUACCAGUGCACUGGUGAAAGCUGCCUCAGCUGCCCAGAGGGAACUGGUCGCCCAGGGAAAGGUUGGUGCCAUCCCAGCCAACGCAGCGGAUGAUGGACAGUGGUCUCAGGGUCUCAUUUCAGCUGCCCGUAUGGUUGCAGCAGCCACCAACAACCUGUGCGAGGCAGCCAACUCUGCAGUGCAGGGCCACGCCAGCGAGGAGAAGCUCAUCUCCUCCGCUAAGCAGGUGGCCGCCUCCACGGCCCAGCUUCUGGUGGCCUGCAAAGUCAAGGCGGACCAGGACUCCCAGACCAUGAAGAGGCUACAGGCUGCAGGAAACGCUGUGAAGAGGGCCUCAGAUAACUUGGUGAAGGCAGCUCAGAAAGCAGCCUUCGAUGCCCAAGAUGAUCAGGCUGUUGUGGUUAAGAGCAAAAUGGUGGGCGGUAUUGCCCAGAUUAUUGCUGCUCAGGAGGAGAUGCUGAGGAAGGAGAGAGAGCUGGAUGAGGCCAGGAAGAGGCUGGCGCAUAUCAGACAGCAGCAGUACAAGUUCCUGCCCACAGAGCUUAGAGACGAUGGGCAGGAGCAGUGAGAUCACACACACACACACUUUUUAGACACACAGCGGAGACAAAUCAGAUGCUCAGGGCCUCGCCCGGGCUAUUAUUAGAGAAAACUAUAUAGUGUUAUGCUUUAAAGAGCAAUAUUGGGCAGAGUAAUUAAAGAAAUUAUUGGGGUAAAAAGUGAAAGUUGUCUAUUUUCAAUGUGUUUUUCUUAGUUUGUCACUUUCAAGAGCCUUAUUACAGUGCCACUGAUUGUUUUUUGGAUUAUGCAAAAAAUAUAUGCAAGUCCUUGAGGUAACUGCGCUUUUCAUAGUUUCUAUGUUAAUAAUACAAUAGUUAGAUCCUUUAGGCUAGCUCUUAUAUCUAGAUUGCAUGUCUGCCCAGCAUCUACACUCUUUUUACUCAAUAAAUUGUCGCAAACAAAAAAUAUAUUUUCCUUCACUGCUAGAGCAAUACUAUUUUUAUAGCGAGCACAAUGACCAUCUGGUUGGAGGUAUCUAUGCUGUGUUUUUAAUUAGAAAAAUGCAGCCACCAAAAGUACUGCUGUGGGUGGUGGGUAAGAGUGAAAGUCAUACCUGACUGCUCAAUGAUUUAAACUGUCCACUAGCUAUAUCAUGAAACAUAGUGAUGUGAUUGCCAUGAACGAGUGUGGGUCUGGUCAUGUUCCAAAGACGACAGUUCAACUCAAACAUGGGGGGUUUGUCAGGUGCUCUUUAUCUGAACCAAGGACAUUUACAGUAACUGCAUUUUGAUGCAAUUUGGACCAGAGGUGCAAUGAUUUACUGCGAUGAAAAAUUCAUAGAAAGAAUAAAAACAUAUCAUUUUUUAAA